AGCUGCGGGGCUCGGUGGAAGAACAACACAGCGAUAAAAUGAUUCGGCCGCUCCGCUACACUUUAACAACCAGCCGCGCAUUAACGGAGAGUUAAAGACCCGGCCCGUCUGAUCGAGCGACUCAGAAAGCGGCAAAGAUAGCCGGUCAUUAAAGAGGAGGAAGUUAAAAUGGGAGCACUCCUCAGCGUUCCGCCGCUCUAUCUCUCUCUAUGUUGUGUUGCGUUCGCGAGCGUUUAAUUCGCCAGCUCGAGCGCCGUUCGAAACCACGGGAGAGCGGCGCGAGCGCUGGUGCUGAAGCGUGUCCCAGGUGCGCGCGGAUGGCAGGUCUAAAGUUCCAAAACUUCAGAUACUGUCACUUGACUCCUCGACUUCCCUGAAAGUGUUUCCUUCUCGCACCGGUUCAGAGUCACGGUGCAAAUGUUCAGCACUGCCUUACAGGAAAGCGCCUGAGUGACUAACUUCACUAAAGCUCGCUGUGCAAAUGGGCUCCAAGGACCAACGGCUCAGUCGUGUAGACAUUUUCCACCAGGGCUAUGCGGGGCCACUGGAGGCCCUUCCCCGGGCAACCACGUUCCUAGAGGAGCAGGACGGGAGCCUGGUGGCCCUGCGGAGGCAGGCGAUAAAGAUGGCAACCAAGUCCCAUGCAGGUGGUGAGAUGCCCCUUGAGCAACUGCUGGCACUUUAUGGGUACAACAUGCCUGAUCCUGUCCUGCAACAACAACGGGAGCCAAACGAGCUGGCAGCCAGUCUGCCUGAAAUGACACUGGACAAGGUUCGGAUAGGUAAAGCUCUACUCUCAGGAGCGGAGGAUGUGGACAGCCAUUCCUCUGCUGAUGACCUCACACUCUCUGUCACAUCCCAUUCAUCUGACCUCUUACAAUGUCACCUAAGAGGCGAUGACAAAGACACAUCAGUCAACUGGUCCGAAGAUGACUCAGAAAGCACCUCUAUCCCCUCCAGUGAUGGCUGUAAGGACAUCAUGGUGGGCCCCCAGUAUCAGGCCAUAAUUCCUUCUCUCUGUACACACAAUUUUUAUGAAAGAGCCAAUGAAAAUGAGGACCAGUUAUUGUGGACCCCAGAUGUGUUGUCCAGUCUGGCUGUAGAAAAGUUUUUGCUUGAAGUCCAGAAAAAAGAAAGUGACGAUGGACCUACAAACACUUUGACUACAGGAGAUAUAGUCAAAGACAAUGAGCAGGCUCUAUAUGAACUAGUGAAAUGCAACUUCAAUGCAGACGAGGCACUAAGAAGACAUCGCUUUAAUAUUAAGGUUUUCAAUGAAGAGCUUUGUGGCUGGAGUGAGGAGGAGUGUCGUAACUUUGAGUAUGGUUACCGUGCCCAUGGGAAGAACUUCAACCUCAUACAGGCCAACAAGGUCCGCACACGCUCAGUAGGUGAGUGUAUAGAGUACUACUACAUGUGGAAGAAAUCAGAGCGGCAUGAGUAUUUCACACAGCAGGCCACCAAGCUGGGUCGGAAAAAGUGCAAUCUGCCAUCUGGCAACACAGAGGAUGCUGAGCCAGAUGGAGAUACUGGUGAUGUGGAAGUUACUACUCAAGGUUUGCCAAGUAUGUCUUCCAUUCAACUGCGACCUCCAUCGCCACCUGCAGUCAUGGAGCUGGAUAAACAAGAGGACAGCCUGAAUUACGCAGCUCAGUUUCAUGGUCGUCCACGACGGAAACGCACGCCGCGCUUCCUAUUAAAGCCCUAAGCUUCCUGCUCACUGACAGCCUAAAACUGACAGACAAACAGGUUCUGAGCGAAUCGAUGGAGAGAUGGAGCUACGUGCAGGAUCUUGCUCUAGCCCACAGGAGCAUCAGUCGUUCAGACACAUUUCUCUUCUCCCACCAGCACUCCAGACGUCCACCCAGCUUUACUUCUCCUCUCUCCCUUGCAGCCACUCCGUCCCUUCUUCUCAGCCAGACUCAGCGCUCCUUGGAGCAGGUUUUUACCAGCUACAACUGGAGUCUUUUCCCGAAGAUCCUGCACCUGCUUGCUUGGAUAAUGUUGCCUUAAGAAGGCUUCAGAUUGACUUGUCUUCAACUUCCUCACCUGUCUCAGAUUUUGGGAUAAUCGGUAGCCUCUUGUGCACACCUUCGUCCAUCAGCUCCGCACCCAUCCAACACAGCGACUCGCCCUUACAGCGAAAGAAAACAUUCCAGAUCUAAGCAAACGUGACGACUCGCAUUCACCUGUUGCUUUUCAGGCUACAUAAGAAGAGUCUGAAUCAGUUUGUCAUCAUUUACUCACCUUUAUGUCUUUUCAAACAUGUUUACAUUUCUUGACACAAGAGAAGAUAUUUUAACUUCCUCCAAAAAAUGCAUGAAGCUUUUUGAAAAUGUAGCUCUUGAAACUGUCCCCCAGUGACUUAAAUCCUGAAGAAAGUAGUGCAUAGAGGUUUGGAACAGCAUGAGCGUGAGUAAAUGAUGAGAGAAUUAACAUUUUUGGCAAACAGUCCUUUUAAUCGAGAAUGUGUUCAUAAUAUUUAAUCUGUGCUGUCUUUUAAACUAUUCAACUAGUAAUUGGGUGUUUUAGGAAGCUGGGUGACUCUGUCAGACUACUACAGGCAAUGAAAGUGUUUUUAACGUCCUGAUUUUAAGCUCCUUUGGAAAUUUGAGAGGGUGUACAUCUCCUUGGUCUCACUAAGGCUCAUUUUCACUUGUACAGUGAAUCGCUCCUUUCAGUGCAUGUAGUUCUUAUAAACGUUCAAAACAGUUUUGAAAUCACUUAUUUCUUUUUGUUUAAAGAAUAGUUCACCCGCAUUACAUCACUUGCUCACCGAUGGAUGCUCUGCAGUGAAUGGGUGCCGUCAGAAUGAGAGUCCGAACAGCUGAUAUAAACUUCACUCCAGUACAUCAGUUAAUGUCUUCUGACAUAUUAAAAUUUGUUUCAGUUGUAAAUAAUGCAUAUUUCACUCCUGAUUCAUAUAAGAUGACUUACACUAAAGAAAGCAAAAUAUGGAUGAAGGAAUCAUAUUUUAGCCAUGGUUUGAAGUUAAAAACAUGUUAAUGAUGGAUUUGUUUCUUACAAACACAAAACUUUUCACCUCUGAAGACGUUAAUUGAUGGACUUGUGGAUUACUGUGAUGUUUUUAACAGCUGUUUGGACUCUCAUUCUGACGGCACCCAUUCACUGCAGAGCAUCCAUCGGCAGGCGAGCGAGUGACGUAAUGCUACAUCUCUCCAAAUCCGUUCAAAUGAAGGAACAAACUGAACGUGAUGCUGUGUAUACUUCGAGCUAAUUUUCAUUUUUGGGUGAACUAUUUCUUUAAAGCAUAAAAUGCUCUACUUAACAAAGACAAUAUCCUCAAGUGAACUACUAAUGCAGUUGCGAUAUUCUAGCUUCCCGUCGUAGGUCCUUUUUGUGCAAUAAAUAAAUGAAAACACACGUUCCUCAGGGGCUCCGAUCGUUUCCCUCUCGGUCUGGUCCGUCAGUACUUUAGUACUAAGUGUUGAAGAGGGGUUUUGAAUGGUUUAUGAAUAUACGCUCCACAUAUGCUUCGCCAACAAAUGUAAUCCUGAUGUAAGUAGCGGAUUCACUGCAUUAAGUUUCUCAGGUUUUGCAGCCAGUUUGUGCAUCUGUUGUAUUUGCGUGAAGCCAAACCUGUCAGCCCACCUUACUACCCACAAUCCUUCGCUACCCAGAGAAACCGGCAAUGUCAAAUCUAGUGUAGUACCUCAUUUGUGACUGGACUUCUGUUAGUUAUGAAUUGAAAGCAAAGUGUAUCAUCAUCCAUAUCCCGGUAUGCUUCAGUGUGUUUUCUAAUGGUUUAGUCGGCUUUAAGUUUUGUUCAUAGUUUAGGUUCAGAAGACACGAAAGGGAGACAAACACUGCCUUGGCUUUUUUUUUUUUUUUUAAGCAAUUUAUGUAUUACUGCUCCUGUUAUAUUGAUUUAUUGUCCCUGUUAUUAUAUUUUGUAAAUAAUAAUAAAAAAGAAUUAGAAA